AUGGCCCCCGCUCUUAUACUUGAAGUGGCUCCCCACGAACCUUCAUCUUUGGAGGACUUGAUCUCAGCCAUUGUCAAUACCCAUCAGUUUCCCGAGCCUGCUCCGUUGAAUCUGACUACUCAAAACUUCUCUGAUUGGAGAAACAAGAUUACUACUCGCAUACUGCCUUCCUCCGCUGAACACGCACACUGUCCUCUUCGUCACUACAUCGGCCGGAAGCAGGUCAACGCGAAAAUUCGCCUUCUGCGACGCUCCAUCCGUUCUUCUCGACGAGUUCCACUCCAGGCCGAGAAUAACACCCCCGAGGACGCCAACAAUAACAAUCUCGGCACCAUCAACGGCGACAGCUCCUCCAAUAGCUCCAUUGUCAACAUGUCCAUCCCCACCACAUCUGCCUUCAGCCUAUCUCGCCGCGGCGGACGCUCUGCUACCCAGCUGGCUCCUCGGACUCCUCCAAACCUCUAUCGCGAUAGUAAUGUAUCUGAUCGCGCUUCAUUGUCCCCAGUCCUGAACCACCCUGCGAGAGUUGGUUUGGCGGCUCAGCAAGUCAUUCGUACCUCAACUAUCACUCGUACGACGACAACCACCACUCGCAUCGACACAGUCGCGCCCGCUCUUACCUCUCUCGUCGACGAAGCUCCUGCGCGUACCGCCACUAGCUCUCGCAUCAACUACGCCGCUCCUGUGGUCGCUCGAGAGGUCACUCCUGAGGUUGUUCCUGCUCCUGAGGUGGUUCCUACUCCUGAGGCUGCUCCUGCUUCUGAGGCUGUUUCUGCUUCUGAGGUUGCACCUGCAGUUGCUUUUACGGUCAUGCCUCAACCUCCCACUCCUCCCCCCAAAGAUGCUCCUCGUGCUGUGAGUUUCACUUUUCUUCCCGAUCUGGUCUCCGGGGCGCAGUUACAACAUUUUUUCGCAUUCCGCGGCGCGUUAUCCACUCCGAACUUCAAACGAAGGCUAACAUUAGGACUCAAGCAGAAGGCGGUCGAGAAAGAGCUUCCUGCCAAGCCUGUUCUCUGCAGAGAUCAACCUCCCGAGCGUACCGGUCUCACUGGUAGGUUCUUCUAUCUGCCUGCUCGAGCUUUUUGGAUUGACACAAACACAGAUGCCAAUGAUAGUGCUGCCAAGCGCAGAUCUCUCAUCUCCCCUCCUCCUCGUCGCUCCUAUAUACCACCACGUACCUCCUCUCGCCCAUUGGGUGGCCCUUUCGUCAAGAAUGCCCGCGUCGUCCCCCAGCUCCCAGCCCGAAGUGGCUUCUCUCCCACUGCUAGAGUUGUGCCUGCGAUUCGUGCCUCUCUUGGUCACGCCGCAAACUACCAGAGCCGGAGCCCCACGGAGAGAGAGCCCGCUGCCUCUGUUGACCACAUAUUGUCGUCUGCUUCCAGGGAUCCGAAGCCGCAGAAAUUGGAGGGUGUGUCUCAUGUCAACGCUUUAAACAGUCUGCCCGAAGAGUCGAAUGCCAAGGAGGUUAACGUUUCUGGAGACAAGGGUGAUGUUGCUGACGACGGAGUUUCUUCGCCGAAGCUGUCACCUGCUCGUUCGGAUGGCGGUCGACGCUUCGCCGAGUACGGCUGUGGACCAUCUAUUAGAUUUGCGCCCGAUGCUCAUGAGAAGAUCAUGGGUUACUCUAGGCCUACAGCCUCGAGCGGCAGUGCUUCCCGUGAUUCAGUUCCUUCCGUGUCUUCCAGGUCUGGCGCUGCCAAUGGAACCAACCCGAGUGGACGCUUGCCCCCCACGAGCCGCCAGCCGAUCAAGACUUCAUUCAAUGAAGCUAAUACCCCCGUCGUCACUUCUCGAUUCAAUAAGUCUGCAGAUCUCAAGGCCAAGGUCAGAAAAAACGCCCCAAUCGAGGGCUCUCGCAUCGCCCGUCCCGUCACUUCCUCCAACAGUGUCCGCAAAACCACGCCGAUUUCGAAUGCCAAGGCUAUCAAGCGUAAGCCCGUUGCUGUUGCUGAGGUGAAGAAGUCCCCCGAGGUGAAGCGUGUUAGCCAGGGUAUCGUCAGCCGCGUCUCCAAUCUUUUCGGCCGUCGGCGUAUCAAGGAGCAGACCGAUCCGAAGCGUGAGUCUAGCAAGUCGAACAGCAAGGAGGGUGCUCGGGCCGCGAACGGAACUCGUGUGACUCGUUCCGGUCUCCCGGUUGCGAAUGCUGAGCCAGCCGUCGAGCCAGUCACUACUACUACUGAUACGAAAGCAACUCCUAUCGUUUCGGAGGUCAAGGGCGGCUACAAGUCCCCCAAGAUUGUGAUCAAUGAGGAUCCUGCCCCCUCCUCUGAAGGAAGCACCGAGGAGGCUAUGAACAAGCCAGAGGCUGCACCCGCGAGUUCUGCCACUAUGGUCAGCGAAGAAGCUGCCCCGGUCGCCGCCACACCGGUUGCCGCUGCGGCACCAGUCGUCAUCGAGGCGGUCAUCGCCGCCCUGCCGGGCCUUCGGGCCAUUUACGAGGAGAACGAUGCCGCGGCUGUGGCCGAAGACCUGCGUGCCGCCGCUCGCAUCGCGGCACUGCAGGCUUUGGUCACACCGCUCAUCGACCACCUCCAGGGCAUCACCGACCCGCGGCUCCACGCUGCCAUGGCUCCCGUCGCCCGAUCCUUCGCCGGGAACCUGAUGGCCAUGCGCCGUCAGCGCAUGGCGUCGGUCGAGGUGGCGGAUGCCAACCAGGAGACCAUUGGCAGCGUGGUGAUCCUGCUCGAGACGGUUGCGGCGCUGCACGGCGUGUCUUGGUCUGAGGGGACGGAUGUGUGA